GACGCGAGAGUGGUGUUGAAGGAAGUCUCAUCAAUUUGAAACUUUUGAGUUUUGAUAUUUUACAAUGUUUAAAAAUAAGUGCCUAAAUAUUUAAAACAUAGUUUAACUUUAGUGCUGUGUUAAAUGCUGUCGAGAUGUCGAAAAACAAAAUCGCCGCUCGAAUUGACAGCCAAAGUGUGGAAGUUAAGACUAAGUUUGAUGCAGAAUUCCGUCGGUUCUCACUGAACAGGACAGAGAAACUUAAAUAUGAAGACUUCAAAGGAUUAAUAGAGAAACUUCACAGAUUGCAUGAUGUGGCCUUCCUGAUCAGCUAUACUGACCCCCGAGAUGGCGACUUGUUGCCCAUCAAUAAUGAUGACAACUUGGCUAGAGCAUUGCUCACGGCAAGGCCACUUCUCAGGGUUAUAAUACAAAGGAAAGGAGACAGUUUGGAAGAAUUAAACGGCUAUGGCACGAUGCGACCGAGGAACAUAAUCUCGUCGAUACUCAGCGGCACACCGGCUAAGAACAAAGGGCUCGCAAUAUCAAAUCCUCACGACUUUAGAAUGGUAUCUGCAAUCAUAGAUGUAGACAUAGUUCCAGAGACAUGUAGAAGAGUGAAAUUACUGAAACAUGGCUUUGACAGACCUCUAGGAUUCUUUAUAAGAGAUGGAACAUCAGUCCGGGUGACACCGAACGGCGUGGAGCGGUCGCCAGGCAUCUUCAUAUCGAGGCUAGUCCCGGGUGGCCUCGCCGAGUCCACUGGUCUGCUUGGGGUCAAUGAUGAGGUGCUCGAAGUCAAUGGCAUAGAUGUUUCUAAUAAAACUUUAGAUCAGGUAACGGACAUGAUGGUGGCGAACUCAUCGAACCUCAUAAUAACGGUUCGGCCCGCCAACCAGCGCGCCGGCCCCCCGCCCCCCGACCCCCGUGACCCCCGCGCCUCCCAACCACCCAGCGAGACAGAUGAGGACAGAUUCGAUCAAGACGACCACGACGAGAUCGUAGACCUUACGGCUGUCACCCUCGAAGACCAACCAGAGCCUCACUUCCCUCACAGCAUCACAAGCAAGGACGAUGGACAGAUCCUGCAUCUAUAGUACACACUCGAGAGGUAUCGCCGUGCGAGACAGCAGUUCUGAGGACCUGGUUUAUAAAAAAAACAUCAUCAUCAUCAUCAUGUCCACCGAUGGACGUCCACUCCUGGACAAAGGUCUUUUGUAAGGAGUUCCAAAUACCUUUCGGGUCCAGUUUCUCCCUGCGACUAAUAUGAUGUCAUCUGUCCACACCGUCGGGCUUUACCAACCUUUACCGGUGCGAGGUCCCAAUUCUAGCACCUUGAGACCUUGACGUCUAUCGGUCCUCCGUGCUAUGUGCCCAUUGCCACUUCAGCUUCGCGACUCGUUGAGCUAUCUCGUUAGCUCUGGUUCUUCCACAAAUGUCAUUAUUGAUUCGAUCAAGUAGAGAUACUCCGAGUAUAACUCUCUCCAUCGCCCGCUGAAUGUCUCUGAACCUUCUUAUGAGACGUAUAGUCAGUAAUAAACGAUUAAACGUUAACUUAGCCAACACUUGGAAACAUCUGUCAGAGCAGCAACUUUUCAUAUAUUUACUACCCGUUGCCGCUUGCAUUUGAUUUUGAGAUUUGUUUGUUGUUCUAAAAACUAAAAGCUUUCUUUUUCAACUGUUAAGCUAAAGGUUACUUAACGUAAACGGAUCUCUGAUCGGACUUUGGCUACUUUCUUAUUUAUUUUGUUGUAUGGUGAAAGCACCAUACAACAAAAUAAAUAAGAAAGUAGCCAGUCAUAAAAUGUUUUGGUCUGUCAAUAGGUUAAUUUAUAUACCUAAAGCACGAUAACAUGUUAUACAAGUUUAGCCACUGUCUCUUAAAGUGGGUACAUUAAAGUAAUUACAAUCCAUGUUUCAAGUAAAUAGUUAACCUUCCUAUAAUUUAAUUGGUGUGGAAUGUCAUAAUUUAUUCUCAUGUAUAAAGCAAUAGCUGAUAAUGAUAUUCAUAUAAAAUUCCGCCUCUUUUAAAAAUAGCCGGAGCUCUUUUUACUUAACGCGGUGACUGAUGGAAGUUUUUUUUUUAAUGUAGUGGAAACGGCACCCGGGUGCUCUUUCGGUAUAACAAGUAUCUUACGUCUCACCUCUAAUAUAAGCCGCGCAUAACAAACAAACAGACACGAAAUCGCAUUUAUAAUAUUAUUAGUGAUGAUUUUGCUAGUAGAAUCCAUUCUAAUCCCGGCAUAUUUUAUGUACGGAGAAUUGGGAAGAUGUAAAUUUUACAUACAUUUCCAUCCCCUUGAACGUAUAAUUUAAUUAGAUCUUUAGUCAAAAUAAUUACGAUAUUCUUAAGGUAAAACCAUUUUCUGCUAAAAUUUUGAAAAAUUUUGUCAACUGUUCCUGCAAUAAGUAGUAAAAAAAUGUUAUUUUUUUAUCAAAAUAUCUAUCUAUAAAUUUAUAAUAAUAUCAAAAACGUUUGUUUGCUGAGCUUUUUGUAGCUGAAAUACGUUUAAAACGAGAAACGGGAUCAGUAAAAAUAUUAACUCGGAAAAUUAUUAUUCGAUUUGUCAAUAUACUAGCUUUCUCCCGUGGUUUCAUUUGUAGUAACUAUAGGUAGUCGGGUAGAGUUAUAUGUAACUUCGAAUCCGACUAGAAGUUACUGAGAUCAGCGUAAUAUAAACUGUUAGGUUAAUAAUGUUGGUUUACAUGAUUACAAUUCGAAACUCCGUUGGCAAACACACAAUUUGCUCUGGAUCUAUAAUCGCAUUGAAUCAGUAUUUAAUAAUACUAGACUGUGCCCCGUUGCUUCAGCCGCAUAUGGGUCAUAGACGAUUUUUAUAUUGUAUCCCAUACCCUAUAACCUAAAUUGCAAAAAUAUGUUUCCAAUUGUACUAGUACUUCAUGAAAUUUAAGCAUUAAAAUAAACAACAGAUUUAUCAUAUUACAAUACACCAUUAAGUGAAACAGACAUUCCAUUGUAGUGAUCUAAUGCAUCGUGCAUUCCAUAUUAGAUUUUAUUACGUAUGUAUAUUACAGACAGUGGCGUGCACUUCAUGCAUGCACAAAAGCACUGCCUACCCUAAAAUUUUAUAUAA